AAAAAAGGACACCUUGUUCUGCGUACCUCGGAAUAAAUGACAUCUCUGAAUACAGGACAGAUGUCCCAAGGUGUCCCUUAUUCAGAGUUCGUUCUCUCUGUACCGCUCGUUUUGUUUCCCUGCUUUGUUCUUACACCUGAACCGUUCUCUUCUCCUUCUUUUCCUCCUGUCACUCCCCUCCUCCUCCUCCUCCCCCUCCCUCAGAAUACCGUAUCCCAAUGUACAACAUUCUCAAGUUUGUCUGGAAGCUCCCCACCUACCAGACCAGCAUCAACGUCCUCAUUACAGAGGCUGUCGAAUACAAUGGUAGCAAACAGGAGAUCCCCAUUUUCCUGAGGUUCAUUAACAUGAUCGUCAAUGACGCUACGGUUCAGCUGGACGAAGGACUGGAGAACAUGGUGUUGAUAGGAGAGCUGCAGAGAAAGAGGCAAUCAGAGUGGGACUCCUACAAUGACGAGCAGAAGAAAGAGCACCAGCAGAAGAUGCAGGAGGCAAGUGUGAUGGCGAGCAACCGGAACCAGCUGGCCAGCUACACCGUCGACGUCCUGGAGUUGAUCACGAGAGAGCUCCAGGCCCCGUUUGUCAUCCCGUCCAUGGUGGACCGCAUCUCUGCCAUGCUCAACUACGUCCUCAAGCAGCUGGUGGGACCCAAGAGAAGACAGCUCAAUGUUGAAGACAUGGACAAGUUUCACUUCAAGCCCAAGGAGCUGGUGUCCUCCAUCGUGGCCAUCUACGUCAACCUGGGCCAGAGCUCUGAGUUUUGUCGGGCCCUCCCACAAGACGGCCGCUCAUUCUCCAUUGAGCUCCUGGAGGAGUCCGCAAGGAUCAUGAGGAAUCUGGGUUACGUGGAGCUGAUGGAAAAGAUGACAUCUCUCAUUGACAGAGUCCAUAAAUAUUCCAACCGCCUUCAAAUGGAAGAGAGUGCCCUAGACGAUGCUCCUGAGGAGUUUCUUGAUCCAGUAACGAGCGAGUUGAUGAAGGAGCCCGUUCGUUUGCCCACCUCAGGAGUGACAAUGGACAAGUCGAAUAUAAUGAGACAUCUCUUCAGGUGACACUUCACAUGGUGCACAUUGUCGUCCCUCUCCCUGCUCCCCGGCAUUGCACUGUAUAUACCUCCUUUUGCUUCAGUUUCUCUUCUGGGAGUUAAAUGUGCAUACAGUGGAACCUCUGUAUAUUAUAUGAAGGACAUGGUGGCAGGACCACGAAAAUGUUCCUUUGUACAAUUACCGUGUCCUUUAUUCAGCAAAUACACCAAAAGUAUCAUCACCAGAUCAACCUAGGUUCCGCUGCACCCAGGCUGGUUUUG